UUUAAGACCGGCGGCGGUCAUCGUUGACUUUCUUGAAGUACUUGUUUAUUAUUUGACUUUAAUUAUUAUCUCCGAAUAAUUUUAGUGAUAUUUCAUUGUCAGAGGGUACAUGAAGCUAUAAAAAUUAGGUGGUUUAUUUUAUAGAACGUACAUCAUUGCAAUUUCUGACCUUCAAACAUAUCCUAAAUAUGUUGUCGCCAUUUUGACCAAGCAAGUUGAAUUGAGAUAGUUUAUUAUCGUUAAAUAAGUUUCUUUGAAUUGCUUAUGUGAGAUACGUAAAUGGAUAUCCCUUGGGAAGAUUACGAAGAAAAUGUCCCAGAAACCUAGCAUAGUAAAAUUCCUUAUACAUGACGCCAAUGGUUAGACAACCGCAAAUGGUGAAAGUAGUACAAAAUUCAAAUAAUUCAACUCCUAUACCAAUCAAAGUUAAAGCAAAUCCUGUGAAAAUUUACAAACUUCCAACUGUUGCUGAAGGGAAAAUAAAUACUCAGAAACCUGUUUUUUGCCCUGUUAAAGUUACGUCUGGGAUAAAGAGUGCAUCAAAAUUGGUGCCAGUUCCUGUUGAAACAUUGACAAAUUUACAAAGAAUUGUGCCCAAAACAGAACCCCUAGAGGUAGAAGUAGAAGUGGAUUCUCAGGAACAAUAUAUAGAUCAAAUAUUAGAACCACAAGCUGUAAAGACAGCGCCAAAAUUAGUUCCAAUCUUACCAAAACCUCAAUCUCCAGUCAAAUCAAAUAGAAAAUCUAAUUUGUCAUCUCCGAUGUCUCAUGCUUCAAGGAGAAGACAUGAUUCGGAUAAUGAUCCCCCCGCAGAGUACACAACAAAAAGACGUAAGCAUGCAGAUAAAGUGGGUAAAGGGUUGCGACAUUUUUCUAUGAAAGUAUGUGAGAAAGUGAGGAAUAAAGGAUUCACUUCGUACAACGAAGUUGCGGACGAACUAGUAUUGGAGUUCACGGCCGGGAUGCACAGCUCUGCUGAUUCACAGCAAUAUGAUCAGAAGAAUAUUCGUAGAAGAGUAUAUGACGCGUUAAACGUGUUAAUGGCAAUGAAUAUAAUAUCAAAAGAGAAGAAGGAGAUCCGAUGGCUGGGGCUGCCUACAAACUCUGCGCAGGAGUGCGCCGCGCUAGAGAAGGAGAAGCAGACCAAGCUAGAACAGAUACAGAGAAAAACUCAACAAUUACAAGAGCUUAUAUUACAGCAUAUAUCAUUUAAAAGCCUAAUAGAAAGGAAUAAAGAAACAGAAAAGAAGGGAGUCAAGCCUUCACCAUCAUCAGCCAUCCAUUUACCUUUUAUAGUUGUAAAUACAAGUGACAAAGCUUUGAUAGAUUGUAGUAUAUCAAAUGACAAGACAGAGUACAUGUUUAACUUCAACAAGAGGUUCCAGAUACAUGAUGAUAUAGAUAUUUUAAAAAGAAUGGGUCUUCUCUAUGGAUUAGACAAAGGAGAAUGUUCAGAAGAAGAGUUAAGAAAAGUAAAAAAUAUGGUACCAAAAUCAUUGGAAGUUUAUGUUGAACAAAUGGGCAGAGAUGGAAACUGCAAUCUAAGUAGUUUAUUAGAUGAGGAUGAGGUUGAUGAUGAAAAUGAAGAUGAUGAAUAUGGGGUGGUGGUGAAAGAGGAGCAGGAGGAAGAUGAGGAAGAAGGUAACGAGUACAGCGGCGACAGCAGCGACGUGGACGUGUAGCAGAGUGCGCACGCGCAGCUGCGCUAACUAUGUAGUUUUUAAAAUAAAAAUUUAUAUGCCACGGUGUGUUUUAAAAUGCAUAUGUGGCCUCUGUGUCGAAGCGGAGGAAUGCAUGGUAUGAAGAGCAGUGACAACUGUAUAUCUUCUAUAACUAUGCAUUUUGCGUCACAGCAUUUGCCUUGGCACUAUGUCAAUAGGCCAUUAUCGGCCAUGUGGCACUCGGUCUAUUGACUAACACUGGUCAUGUGACGCCUGGUCCAUUGGAUAACAUUGGUCAUGUGGCACCUGGUCCAUUGGCUAACAUUUGUUAUGUGACACCUGGUACAUUGGCUCACAUUGGUCAUGUGACACCUGGUCUAUCAGCCAGCAUUGGCCACCCUCUCAUACUUGAUCAGAGUGUGACCUGUGUCAUUACUCACCAUGUUUCAUGCAAAGCGCACACCAAUUGAUUCCUUUUAUCUUUUAUUUUUGCUUUUUACACACUCAAUUUAAUUGUGUAGUCAAAUUUAGUUCAAAUGAGAAAUUAUAACAAAAUUAUCUAACUUCUCUAACUAAUUUGGAUUUUUGUAUCAUCAGUUUACUAACUUAAAUUUUCCAAAAUAAAUCCAUGGAGAAUAAAUGGUUUCUCAUUUCAAUUGAAUUUGACUAUAAGGAUUAAAUCUUUUAUGUAUCUUGUUUUCCAAUUCGUCAUUAUGUAAUGACACAAUUCAUAAGCUUAGAAUUAUUGUUAUUGAAUCGGUAUUGUUAAAUAAGUUGCUCUACAUAAUCUUGUUUUAUUUUCUGAAUUAUAUAUAUAUGUAUUCAUUUAAGUUUUGUUCUUUUUUGAUACUGUACAAUUUAAGUGGAUCUCAAAUGCAUUGUAAAUUGACAGUUUAUGUGAAUGUUGGUAGAGGUGAUGUUAUUUCAUUACUUGUGUAAAAAGAAGUAGCAGACCACUGUCUAGUUAGUAUGUGUCUAAUUUUAGAUGACAUGAAAUGCUUAUUGAAAGCAUAGCAAAUGGUAAAUGCAAUGUCAACAAUAUUUUAUUGUCCAUUUUUAGUAAAUAUUAUUUAUAACACUGAUUUGGAAUUGUUUUAAAAGAGAAAAUAAAUGUUUCAAUAUGGAAAGAACUUUAUUUUUCCUAAAUUAAAAAUUAAAUUUAAGAUUAUAAAUAAAAAAUUAAGCCGAA